CUAUCUGCUCUUGUGUACUUUUUUUUCUCGCUAUUUUAUUUCGUCACAUCAUGGCGACGCAGGUCCAGGAAUCAGCAACCAGGGUCGAUUUAAACACUGAAAACAUUCAGUUCGCAGACCAAUCAAUGGCGACCCCAGGAGUGUGUGGGAUUGAUGUACUGGUAAGCAGCUCCUGUAUAGAAGAUCUGGGUUCUCCCUGCAAUGAUGGAGCAGGAAGCCUUCUCCAGCAUGAGACAGAUUGCUGCACUAAGGAAUCCAGAGGAGAAACACCCGGGAGAGAAGACUCCCGUAUAGAUCCUCCAGAUGGGCAGCAAGACCCAGAGGCUGACAAGAGCAAGGAAAAGAAAGGGCUAGGUAAAGAAGUACUGUUAUUGAUGCAGGCACUAAACACACUGGCAUCUCCUGAAGAGAAGCUUGCAGCCUUGUGCAAGAAAUAUGCAGAUCUUCUAGAGGCAAGUCGGACUGUACAAAAGCAGAUGAAACUCCUCCAGAAGAAGCAGGCUCAGAUUGUGAAAGAGAAGAUCCACCUGCAGAGUGAACACAGCAAGUCCAUCCUGGCUCGCAGCAAGCUGGAGAGCCUCUGCAGAGAGCUACAGCGACACAACAAGACCCUGAAGGAGGAAAAUAUGCAGCGGGCGCGUGAGGAUGAGGAAAGGCGCAAAGAGGCAACAGCACACUUCCAGAUGACGCUGAAUGAAAUUCAAGCACAGAUGGAGCAGCAUAACAUCCACAACACUAAACUCCGUCAGGAGAACAUUGAACUGGCAGAGAAGCUGAAGAAACUCAUUGAACAAUAUGAUCUGCGGGAGGAGCACAUUGACAAGGUGUUCAAGCACAAGGAGCUCCAGCAGCAGUUGGUCGAUGCAAAGCUUCAGAGAACCACUGAACUCGUGAUGGAGGCAGAGCAGAAACAUCAGCAGGAGAGAGACUUUCUUUUAAAAGAAGCAACUGAGUCGAGACACAUGUGUGAGUUGAUGAAGGAGCAGGAGUGCCAACUCAAACAGCAGCUUUCUCUGUAUAUGGACAAGUUUGAGGAGUUUCAGACCACUCUUGCAAAGAGCAAUGAGGUGUUCACUACCUUCAGGCAAGAAAUGGAAAAGAUGACAAAGAAAAUCAAGAAGCUGGAAAAGGAGACUACGGUUUGGCGUACAAAAUGGGAGAACAAUAAUACCGCUCUCCUGCAGAUGGCAGAAGAGAAAACGGUACGGGAUAAGGAUUACAAAGCCCUUCAACUAAAGCUGGAGCGCCUGGAGAAGCUGUGCAGGGCUAUGCAGAGGGAGAGGAACGAUCUGAACAAAAAGAUGGAAGUCCUUCAGGGGCAGCUGUCUGAAGGGACUGGACCAACAGAGCCUGCCAUGGAGGCACCUUCCAGCACAGAACAGCCUGGCAAGGAGGAGACUGUGGACUCAGCCACUGAGGACAUGGGCACCCAACCAGACACAGGUGUUGCUGACCAGCCAGGGUGCAUUGAUGCCGAAGGCUCAGCCACUUCAGUUGAUGUGAACUGAGAAAAGGGCUAAAUGUAUUUUGUGGAGGUAUAUAUUUUUGUGUAAUAAAAAUAAUAUUAAUAAUAAUGAUAAUAAUAACAAUAAUUAAUUUGCUCUGUACUUGGUAAUUAUUGGCUUUGUGGUGAGGAUUUCUUACUUCAUUUUUCUACCACAUCUGUAUUUUCUUAGAAAAUAUUGAAAUUCAUGUGGUUCGAAAUAGCUGUAACUUGCAGCAUUUGUAAGUCAAAUUACUUUAUACAUUUUUCACAACUUUUGCGCACAUCUGCCUCAUUUGUAUUGCCUUGAAUUGCAUUCCCUCGUCUGCAAUACCAGUACCACAGUCUGAGAUUUGUGGACAUCAGCAUUUCCAGAGGAAACCUAAUUUUAAAGGGAACUUACACAGGGCUGUAUUUCUUUUGGUUUGUAAGACAAGUGAAUUAUCUUAAGAGUUUACUUGGGUCAUUAGCAGUUUUCAGUUGAGAAACUUCCAGUGUAAACAUGGUGUUGAACACAUGCAAGUUACCUGCUUAGCAUGUUCUAUGUUGCAUUCUCCAAAGCCAGUAAGUAGUAUAAUAGUUAAGCUAGACCCCACCCAUUGCAAGGUGCAAUCUUUCUUGAAGAAAUAAAUGCAACAUUCUGGUUAAAGUUUACAUAUAGCAAGGUAACAGAAAAGGGGUUUAAGACAUUUCAGACUUUUACCAUGAGCCAUAGGCUAAAGGGCAGAAAACAUGGUGCUACAUGUGGCAGUCUACUUGUAUUUUCUGUAAAAUAUUUAAGCUAAAUUGGCAAAGAAAAUGUCCUAUUUCUGUGAAUCAAAUGUUACCUCUGCUUCACAGCUGUCAUUCCCAUUCUUUUUCACAAGCCUGUCCUUUUAGUAUAGUGAACUUUAAUAUGCUUUUUAAUUAUUUUUUAUUAACGCAAACUGCUUUCUAAAAUUCCAUGGUGGCCUGCUACUGCAUAGCAGUGCUGUCCAUUUUGCCAUGAUCACAUGGUGCCACCUCAUGGAAUGAAACCCUACCAAGUGACUGAUUCCAGUCAACUGCAGUAGACUUUUACCAACUUGCAGAAUACAUUAUACAAGCAAUAUCAACGUGCACAGUCUGCAACAUUUUCCAUGCAGUAGAAUUGUGUACAGAAAGCCUUUCUGUGGAACGAGUCUUAUUGUAAAUCUUUAAAUUGCUUAAACUGUUGUUCUUAGGGGGUCUUAUGUUAUCUGAUUGAACAAAAACAUAUUAGCAUUGUAAAUGUAUCUUUCCUUUUCCAUUUUGAAAAUUACACCACGUGGUUGGAAGAAACUAAUGCCCAAUGAUAGACAUGCACCAAACACAACACUGUAUACCUUCCCAUGAUUUUAAUACUGGUAUGAUGAAUGUAAAUAUGUUUUUUUACAAAUGGGUCUGUUGCUGUAAUUACUCCAGGGCUGACUGUACCUUCAUCCACUUGUUCUUGUUGGAAAUACAAGGUUUACUACCGUCCACAUUCCUCAGGGUUGGUACAAGUUAAUCUCUUAGACUGGAUUAUUGGAAUCCAGGGUUUAAAUUCUGAAGAUAGCUUAUAAAUUGGCAGGACUUUUUCCAUUUAAAUGUAUGGUAUGGAGUACAUAAAGUUUGCAUUUAAAGUUAAAAACCCAGAUAUACAAAACAUUUUGAUGGUGUAUGUAAUUAGUUUGAAUUCUACUUGCAAAUAGAAUUGGCUUCAUCUGGACAACACUAUAUUGGACUUACCAUUGGGACCAGAGAGAUAAAGGAACUCUUAAAUAAAUCUCUAUAUAUUUUUGUGCAAAUUAUAAAGACCUUUAUUUAAACCACCGGGCUUCUAAGUAGUAGCUUACUCUGUGGUACUUAAAUUUAUUUUUUUGCACUUUUGAGAGAACAUUUCCAAACCAUGUGCUUAAAAUCAGUCGCGUUUUUGAUAACUUUCUAUUUCCUCAUUCCUUGUAACAGUACUUGAAUGUUGGUGUAUUUACACUGCCAAAAACUGAGUGCAAUAUAAUGUACUGAAAAACCAAGCUUGUAAUAAAAACUGUUCCCAAAAGUAGGGAACGCAUGGCUGGUAAACUCUCAUGUUAAUAGUACAUCUGGAUGUGAAAAGUUUUGUAAUCUACAGAACUUUGGUUUAAUACUCUCACUACAUCCAUCUCAAAUACACAAAAUAUCGUUUUUUCUUCAUUGGGUGUCAAUGCUGGUAUGCAGGCAGUAUUGCCAAUGGGUUACUAGUUACUAAUGCAAUGUCCAAAGUGGAAUUGGAUUUAAUAGAUGAAUUAUUUAGAUUUUCCAGACUUUAACCAUAUCAGACCCUCUGCGCCAGACACACAUUUAUAUGGAGUGUCUGGUCCUAAGGUAGGUGGAAGGUGUAGUAUGUACUAUAUCAUUUUGGUAAUGCAGCUUUUGUGAGCCAAAUUCAUUGAGUUUUCUAAACAAUGUGAAUGUGCACGAUUCAAAGUAGUAGGCAGAUUUUAUGUCUGUGAGAACAGUGCGAUUUGUACUAAGGGUAUUGAUUGUGUCAUUGUUAAUUUCACAUACCUUCUGCUUUUGGUGUAGUCCUCAAAUAAAAAGGUUAUUUGACUCUAUUCUGUCCUACCUGUUUGAGACAAAUACCAGGAUGUAUGCCAUGUUUGGGAUUUUUUCAUUAAUAUUAUCUACUUUUUCUUCUUUUUAUGAAACCCAGAUGGUUGUACUUGUUCAAAGAACUGUGUUUUAUAAACUACUGUAUUUGUUUGGGUUGCUGUCAUUAUUGUUGUAAUGGUUUGAAUUUUUCUGUUUUCCACUUGUAUGUAUUUAACACCCUUUGGUUAUGCUAGUUUGAUUCUCAGGUUAUUCAAAAAAAAAAAAAAAUCUACCUCUACAAGGUUUAUAUACAAGGCUAACUGUGAAACAAAAUGAGGUAGAAGUCUAGUUUAUGCUUUUAUUUUUAUUUUUUUUAAAGCUCAUGUUUGCUUUUAAAGAUGGUAAAAUGUACCAAUAGUCGUGUCUUGCUUUCCAAUAAAACAUUUUGUAGAAGUUUU